AUGAACAACAACUACUGUUUCAUAGUUCUGUUCACAGUCGUCUCCAUACUGCACUUUGUAGACCAGAGGACUCUGCUGGAGGAAAACAUUGUCACUUUUGUGAAGCACGAGCUGAAGAAGAUCCAAAAGGUUCUGAGUCCAGAUUAUCCAGAAUGCUCAGAGAGUCAGAGAGAGGAUGAUGAGGUGUUGGAAGGUGAGGAUGAAGAGCAGAGGAGGAGCAGCAGAGAGGCAGUGAUGAAGAUCACACUGAACUUCCUGAGGAGGAUGAAGCAGAAGGAGCUGGCUGACCAUCUACACAGCAAAGAUUCAGAAGUUACAAAUUUUACAUUUUACAUUUAUUUAGAACAAUUUGCUGCAGUUUGUCAACGUCAAUUUAAAUCUGGUCUGAAGAAAAAGUUCCAGUCUGUGUUUGAGGGGAUUGCUAAAGAAGGAAGUCCAACCCUUCUGAAACAGAUCUACACAGAGCUCUACAUCACAGAAGGAGGGACUGGAGAGGUCAAUGAUGAACAUGAGGUCAGACAUAUUGAAACAGCAUCCAGGAAACUACACAGACCAGAAACAACAAUCAGACAAGAAGACAUCUUUAAAGUCCAACCUGGAAGAGAUCAACCAAUCAGAACAGUGAUGACAAAGGGAGUGGCUGGCAUUGGGAAAACAGUCUUAACACAGAAGUUCACUCUAGACUGGGCUGAAGACAAAGCCCACCAGAACAUCCACUUCAUAUUUCCAUUCACCUUCAGAGAGCUGAAUGUUCUGAGAGAGAAAAAGUUCAGCUUGGUGGGACUUGUUCAUCACUUCUUUACUGAAACCAAAGAAAUCUGCAGCUUUGAACACUUCCAGGUUCUGUUCAUCUUUGAUGGCUUGGAUGAGAGUAGACUUCCACUGGACUUCAAUAACAAGGAGAUCCUGACUGAUGCUACAGAGUCCAGCUCAGUGGAUGUUCUGCUGACAAACCUCAUCAGGGGGAAACUUCUUCCCUCUGCUCUCCUUUGGAUAACAACACGACCUGCAGCAGCCAAUCAGAUCCCUCCUCAGUGUGUUGGCAUGGUGACAGAGGUCAGAGGGUUCAAUGACCCCCAGAAGGAGGAGUACUUCAAGAAGAGAUUCAGAGAUGAGCAGCAGGCCAGCAGGAUCAUCUCCCACAUAAAGACUUCACGAAGCCUCCACAUCAUGUGCCACAUCCCAGUCUUCUGCUGGAUCACUGCUACAGUUCUGGAGGAUGUGUUGGAGACCAGAGAGGGAGGAGAGCUGCCCAGAACCCUGACUGAGAUGUACAUCCACUUCCUGGUGGUUCAGACCAAAGUGAAGAAGGUCAAGUAUGAUGGAGGAACUGAAAGUGAUCCACACUGGAGUCCAGAGAGCAGGAAGAUGAUCGAGUCUCUGGGAAAGCUGGCUUUUGAUCAGCUGCAGAAAGGAAAUCUGAUCUUCUAUGAAUCAGACCUGACAGAGUGUGGCAUCGAUAUCAGAGCAGCCUCAGUGUACUCAGGAGUGUUCACACAGAUCUUUAGAGAGGAGAGAGGGCUGUACCAGGACAAGGUGUUCUGCUUCAUCCAUCUGAGUGUUCAGGAGUUUCUGGCUGCUCUUCAUGUUCAUCUGACCUUUCACAACUCUGGGGUCAACAUGAUGGAAGAAACACAAACAUCUAAGAAAUCUGAACUAAAGGCUCUCCAUCAGAGAGCUGUUGACAAGGCCUUACAGAGUCCAAAUGGACACCUGGAUUUGUUCCUCCGUUUCCUCCUGGGACUUUCACUGCAGACCAAUCAGAGACUCYUACAAGGUCUGCUGACACAGACAGGAAGUAGCUCACARACMAAUCAGGAAACARUUCAGUACAUCAAGRAGAAGAUCAGUGAGAAUGYGUCUGCAGAGAAAAGCAUYAAUYUGUUCCACUGUCUGAAUGAAYUGAAUGAUYDUUCUCUASURRAGRAGAUCCAACAGUCUCUKAGUUCAGGAAGUCUCUCCACAGAUAAACUGUCUCCUGCUCAGUGGUCAGCUCUGGGUUUCAUCUUAGUGUCAUCAGGAAAAGAUCUGGAUGUGUUUGACCUGAAGAAAUACUUUGCUUCAGAAGAGGUUCUUCUGAAGCUGCUGCCAGUGGUUAAAGCCUCCAACAAAGCUCUACUGAGUGGCUGUAACCUCUCAGAGAGAAGCUGUGAAGCUCUGUCGUCAGUUCUCAGCUCCCAGUCCUCCAGUCUCAGAGAACUGGACCUGAGUAACAACAACCUGCAGGAUUCAGGAGUGAAGCUUCUCUCUCCUGGACUGAAGAGUCCAAACUGCAACCUGGAAACUCUCAGCUUAUCAGGCUGUUUGGUCUCAGAGGAAGGCAGUGCUUGUCUGGCCUCAGCUCUGACCUUUAACCCCUCCCAUCUGAAAGAGUUGGACCUGAGCUACAAUCAUCCAGGAGACUCAGGAGUGAAGCUGCUGUCAGUUGGACUGAAGGAUCCAGCCUGGAGACUGGAAGCUCUCAGGGUGGAGCCUGCUGGAGGCCGAUUCUUGACACCAGGUCUGAGGAAGUAUUCCUGUAGACUCACAGUCGACACAAACACAGUGAACAGAGAGCUCAAACUGUCGGAAGACAACAGGAAGGUGACAUGUGUGGAGGAGCUUCAGUCAUAUCCUGAUCAUCCAGAAAGAUUUGAUAAUUAUCUUCAGCUGCUGUGUAGAACUGGUCUGACUGGUCGAUGUUACUGGGAGGUCGAGUGGAGAGGAGAAGUUUCUAUAUCAGUGAGUUACAGAAGAAUCAGGAGGAAAGGACACAGUACAGACUGUUGGUUUGGGGUGAAUGAUCAGUCCUGGAGUCUGAGCUGCUCUGAUUAUGGUUACUUUGUCAGUCACAAUAACAAAUCAACUCGUCUCUCCUCCUCCUCCGUCUCUAACAGAGUAUCAGUGUAUGUGGACUGUCCUGCUGGCAUUCUGUCCUUCUACAGAGUYUCCUCUGACUCACUGAUCCACCUCCACACCUUCAACACCACAUUCACUGAACCUCUCUGUGCUGGAUUUGGGUUCUGGUUGACCAGUUCUGGUUCCUCUGUGUUUCUUUGCUGA